UCACAAAAAACACGGACCACAGAAAUUGUGACAGAAUCACAGAUACGACUGUUUGGACCGUGCUUUGUGCAGCGUUUGUGUCGUUUGUGAACUCACUGAACUGCCUCGGCUUUCUGUUUCGUCCUUACAGUCCUGGGUGAAAUAAAUUGAACAUACAAAUAUAUUGUUAAAUAUACGUUUUGUGCUGCUUUUAGCCUUGCCUUUUGCAACAAUAGAAUUCUUCUUUCUGGUAUUUUAUUAAGAGGCAGUUCACUGCUGGACAGGUUUUGUCACAUUUUCCCAUCUUCACAUGGAUACCUUGAUUGUGGACGUCAAGCAGUGGUCGGGAGUUUCAGAGUUUCAGAAAGAAUGUUACCGCGAAGGAACCCUCCAUGACUUAAUCAUUGUUGCAAACACCAGAAAGACUCAAGGGGAAUAUGGCAGUGCAGCUGACGAUGCGCCGAUGACCACGGAGAUCUUGUGUCACAAGUUGGUUGUUGCGUCCUGCUCGAAGUACUUGAAACCCUUUUGUCGUUCGACGCUAUCACGAACCGUGGACUUGGACGAUCACGUUCCGUAUGAGCAGGCUAGAUCGUGGAUCGAUGCCAUGUAUUUUGGAUUUCUACGUGCCAAAUAUGCCGAUAUACCGCUGUUGAUUAAUGCUGCUAAGUUUUUAGAGAUUGAUGAUGAAGUUCUUGUUGCAUUUGCGGUAUCUUUGGGCAAUUAUCGAGCCAGAGCCUGUUCUCCUUUGGAAUAUCCUGCACUGAUCCAAGUUUUGGACUUAUUGGACACUUUAGCUACGGACGACGCGAAAGGACAGUUUGGACUCGCUUGCAAAACAGCCGCCUACGGCGUCGCUGUGGAAUUGGCCAGUGUUUUAGCUGCCCAGGAGAAACAUGUGCUGAGCGAUCUGAACAGCGUAUCCUGGAAAUACAUUCUGGAAGUAUUUAGUGAAAAUUUCCCUACGAAAGGGGCACUGCCCGUUGCUUUGGCUGAAGCAUUUCCUUACACCGUGAAGGACGAAGGAGCCGUGCGAACAUUCAGUGUCGGCGAUUCUGCUUCGAAAAACGCGGAAACCGCCAGUGUCAGCACCGAUGGCGGCUUGGUGGAUGAUACGUGGACGUUUUCCUGUUCCCCUGGCAUCAUCCUGUUAAAGUUUGCAAAAUGGACCCUGGCGCAGAGCCUGGAGGACGAAAAAGUUGUGGAGUGCUUGCAAUACGCAGUGCAAAAACUCGCGGUUUCACCAGAAGAAAAACUUGCGGCUUUUGAAGCCUAUUCGCAACGACCUGGUCUGGGGCCGAAUUUAGUGUGGGCUGCAAGUUUUAAAAAGGUUGGUGAAGUUUCGGCCAAUAAGAAAUUAAUUCCGGACAACACAUUAUCAUUAUCCACCGUCUCACCGUCGUCUCGUGGCACAGUGGAUUCGCGGGAGGAUGUCACUGUCACACCGGCUGAACGGGAAAACAAGCGGAAGCGGUCUGCACCUGCUGAAGUGCCGGUAGCCUUGAAUCCCAGAAAGCGUCUGACACUCGGAAGCGGUUCGCCUGCCGUAGUACAACGCUUUCAUUCCGUUGCUUCCAGUAUUCCGCUGCGGUCUACGAACAUGAAAAGCGAGAGUGUUCCGACUGAAGUAGUUAGCGCGCGGCCAGUUCGUCGAGCCAAAGAGCAAGCCUUGAAAGUGAACAAAGUUAGUCUGCGAGCGACUGGACGCAAGACGAUGGCUUAAAAAGCAACUUCCUUGUUUUGGUUGACGUGAGGGAAAUAGAGGGUUCGAUUGCCUUUGAUGAUUUCUGACUACCCAGUAGUAAUUUUUAUACCUGAUGCGAAAGUUAAUUUCGGCUCAUGUGGAUAGGCUUUUUAUUAGAGUUUCUAAUUUUACGGACAGUGAAUUGAGUGAUAAUUAGGAUCUUGCGUUUACAGUAUUUUUUAUGGCGAAUCUUUUACAAAUCAUGGAUAUCUUCAGUUCAUUUUCUUUUAUAAUUUUUAUGGUGCUAUUGGUAUUCGGUUUUUUUUAAAUGCGAGAAUGGUAUACUGGCAAGAAAUAAUAAAAACAAUG